CAGUGGAUGACAGUUGACAGAAGCCGCAAAUUGUGUAAAAGUGUGGAUUGUAAGAAGAAGAGUUCAAUGCGAACAUAUUACAGUAAAUUGUACAACAAAACACAAGCGUAAAAAAAACGAGAUUCUUUUUUCUCCAAUUAAUUAAGAACGCAAAAGUAAAAGACGAACCAUUUGCAGUGAUGGCUGACAAAACCAGUGAAUUACGAAUGAAUUUGGCUGCGAUAAAACGUGUCGAUCCGUAUGCAAAGGAUAUUAUAGAUAAUUCGGCGCAUGUGGCAUUUUAUACGUUCAAUCCGGACGAAACGGAAUGGGAAAAGACAGAUAUUGAAGGCGCAUUUUUUGUGUAUGUUCGCAAUGCUGAACCAUACCACAGCGUAUUCAUCAACAAUCGAUUGAACACAAACUCGUUGGUCGAACCGAUUACAGCUGGCAUUGAACUACAGAAUCAGACGCCAUUUCUUCUGUACCGCAACGAACGGAAUCGUAUCCGCGGUUUUUGGUUUUACAAUCGUAGUGAAUGUGAUCGCAUCAGUGAACUGGUACAGCGGAUUGCUAAGGACGCUGAUCCAUUGACCGAAAGUCAGAAGAGCGGCGAAUCGAAUUUACCGCAACAGUCAUUCGAUUUGAUGACCUAUUCAAAUAAUAAUGUCGAUAUUUUCAGUAUGCUGAGCAAAGCUCAACAGGAUUUCAACAAUUCACUCUCAGUACCGAAGGGUAAAGGUGCGCCACAAUCGCCAGAUGCGCCAAAAGGUGCGACCAAUGAGUUGCCGAUCGAAAAGAAAAUUGCACCACAGAAGGGUGCACCAGUCGCAGUUCCCAUUCAAAUUCCAGUGAACGAUGUCGGUACACCGCAAAGUGUUAUGAAUUUCUUUGCGGCCGCCAAGCCAACGCAACUGAAGGAAGGUCCAUUGUUGCAGCGAAUGCUCUCACAGCCCGUUCAUAUCGACCAGAUCGAGAAACGUGUUAAAACACCGUUGAAAGAGAAGCAGUCGCCACCACAGAAUCAGUCCACAUCAAAUGCAAAACCAAAGCAAAUCCUAAAUAAUUCGGCACACACAACUUACGCUAAAGCAGCUGCUGCUGGUGGUAUUGAAAAUGGUUUGAAUUUCAUGCGUAUCAAUUCGCCAACGCAACAACAAUCAUCGAUUGAUUUGGGCACAUCGCCACUGGCCACAUUCAUUGCAUCAAAUAAUUUGACACAUGUUUUAAAAACGGUGCCACCACUGUCCGAUAUCAAGGAUGUCGAAUCUCAGCGCCAACAAAAUGAGCCACCACAACCGUUGCAGGCACUUUUGAAGAAACCCGUUCCAGUUGCAGCACCAAAAGUUACGGGCAACAUUGGUCAAAAUGCGCAGAACAACACAACACCUGGUAAGCCAGCAAAACUAAUGCCACCGACCAUGUUCGAGACAACGGCCAAUGAGCCAAACACACAACGAACUGGCCCAUUGAAUGCAAAUGCAAAGGCCGGCAAAAAUGAAAGUAACGAAACAAACAAGAAGAAUUCCAUGGCAAAGGGCAAAGAGGCGGGCAACCAAAAGUCCAGAAAGAAGUCGGCACACGAUCAACAGCCACAGACACAGGCACAGGCACAGGCACAGGCAUCACAAAACGAUGACUUAUCUACAACGGUGCAACCAUUGACCGAAACACAACUACUCCAAGCCAUUUCCUAUUUGAUGAAAAACGAUCCAAGCUUCAUUCGCAAGAUACAUGAAGCUUAUUUGAAAUCAUUCGCCGAUAUGGUUUCCCAGUAAAGGAGGUCGGCCCAUUUCAAUUGAGAUCUAAACGACAAGAAUUUAUUUACGUAGCUGAAUUGACAAGGAAGAAGAUGAAUAAUGAAAGCAGGACAAUUAAACGUACACAUAAUAUCAUUGGGCAUUUACUAUUAUCAAACACAAUAUUACUAUUACAAACAAACAAAAGAAUUUUUGAUGUAUUUAGGCAUCAGUGUAGGGACAAGGAUCAACGUUUCGUAUCUCAUUCAACAUACAACUAUUUUUACUGUUUUGAUUCACAUUCAUAAUAAGGAGCCGUUUAUUAACACAUUACACAGACACAUUUAAAUAGAUACACUUUAAUGUUUUCCUUUUCUUUCAUCGAUGUUAGUGAAGUUGCUUCUACUCGACUCUCCGUGCUUACAAUUCGAAACUAUCAAAAUAUUUUAUUACAUGUGCAUUUUCUUCGAAACCGAUCUCGGUGAUAAUGUUUAAUGCACUCACACUCACACACACACACACAUUAAAGUUGUGAAAUUGUAUUCGUUAUGUUAAUAAAAAAGAACUUUAAAUGACACAUGUAUUACAAAAGCAAAAAUAAAUGCAAAUAAAAGGA